UUUGCCGGAGUGAUUGAGCGCCAUAUUUUUCCCCACACGAUCAUUGGAGAAUUCAUCUUAGUGAAAUCUAGGGGGUUUCUUCCAACGAAAUUACACGUUCAUUCCGCAAUUUCCCACCCCUGAGACCUAAUUACCGGCCCGGUAAAAAUAAUUAUCUACCUAUUGACCCUACGAUGAUAUUUUUUGAGGUUCUACAGGGACUGGCAUUUAUGUCCCCGUAAAACGCGUUUUUUCUGGGGAAUUUCCUAGGGACAUGUCGGGCCAAAAUCCCUCCACCCGGGCCUUAAAAUCUAAGAAUAUUUGCACAAAGUGACAAAAACUAGGAUUUACAACAUCUGCAACGAACAAUCAAGAAAAUCAUCGAAUAAAUUUCACGAGUGGGAGGUCUGAGAUUUGACACAGUGGCAAUGGAUGAGAAGAACCUCCAGGAGACGACGAAAAAAACUCGUUCCCAAGCCCGUCAUCUCCGCAGAAAACGUCUAAUCAUCGCUCGAAGGUCAACAGACCAAGGAAUCUCCCUAGACAACCCGAAAAAAAUCCUUGAAACCGAUGAAAAUUCUCAAAAAAUCUCCGAAAACCCGAUAGUCUCGAAAUCAAAAGCCCGUCGUCUUCGAAAAAAAAUUCGAGCAUUUUCCCACACCUCGCCAAUAUCCUCCCCAUCCGCGUCACUCGAUACCUCUGAAAAUACCCCACCGAAUUCUCCCCCGACACCGGAGGAAAUUCAUUCAGGCAACGAGAAAAAUCCCCAAGAGCUUUUAAACAACGAAAAAAACCUGAAAAUCACGGAAUCCCUGAGCGCCUUGCAACCCGGCGACUCCAUCCCCAAAUUAAUAAUCAACACUUCCCAAAGCACGAAAAUUCCCUCGCCCAUCUGCCACUCUAAACGACAUGACAUCAGCCAUGAGCUCACACUGAGCCAUGAGUCAUCAAAGUUAUCGCCGAAGCACAACGACAAACAAAGUAUUCUCCGAAAGACUAUUUCGCCCGCAGAAAUAAAUAUGAACCCCGAGGGUAAAACGAGAGAAGAAAUAAAAGCCGAGAGGGAAGCGAAGAAGGCAGCAAAAGCAGCUGCUAAGAGCAAGUCCAAAGUUUCCAAGCAGAAGUCCGAGGCUUCGGAAUUGAAAUCACCAGCCCAGACCCCGAACAAAUCACUUACAAUAAAUUCUACGAAUCACCUGCAGGAGAAUUCCCCAAAACCUGCAGUUAAAUCAAAACCGCAUAAUGUUAUGUCAGACGAGGAAGUGGAGAAGGAAAUUUUAAACGUAGAAAAGAAGUUGUCAGAAUUGAGUGUUUCAGACGUUAUAGAAAAUCAGGUAAUGACAGUGCGACAGUUACAGAUUAAAAAACAAGAUGGAAAGAGUCCUGACGAGGGAAAGAGUAAGGCUCAACUGAGGGAGGAACGUAGACUGAAGCAAGAGGCCCAAAGGGCAGCAAAGGAAGCCCAGAAGAAGGUAAAAUCAACAGUGAAGUCAGUGGUGCAGUCCGUGGAUGAGCCGAAGUCGCCAAAGCCCCAGGGAAUUGAGGAUAAAUGCAUGGAGAAGCUUGAUAACUCUCCGAGAAAGAUAAAAAAGAUAAUUACGAAGGAGAACAGUCACGAGGUUGGUCUCUUUAAACAUCUUUACCACGAGCGAGGACAAGCAUUCGUGGACACUCCCAUUGUCAACUCUCAUGUUCAUCCAGCGGUUGUGAGACUUGGGGUACAGUACGCCGAGAAAAUAAUUGUGGGUAGUAAUGCCAGGUGCAUUGCUUUCCUAGCAGCCAUCAAGGAAUUGAUCGAAGACUUUGAGAGGCCCUCACAGGCAGAUUUCACUAGGGGACUAGAGGCAAGUCUCCAGGAACACGCGGCUUAUCUCCACCACUGCAGGCCCAUGGCCAUCACAAUGCACAAUGCUCUAAGGCACUUGAAGUGGCAAAUCACACAGCUGAACUCAAAGACCUCGGAUAAUGAGGCUAAAACGAAAUUGGCAGCUGCCAUUGACACCUAUAUACAGGAGCAGAUUCUUCUGGCGGGCAAGGCCAUCUCUAUAGCCAUUCAAACAAAAAUUUCGGAUGGAGAUGUCAUUCUCACGUGUAGCUAUUCUUCUUUGAUCCGAAAAAUCCUCUGCGAGGCUCACGACAAAGGGAAAAAAUUUCGAGUUGUCAUUCUUGAUGGUAGACCGUUUUUAGAAGGUAGAGAAUUACUGAGAAGACUAGCUAAACACGGAAUCGAAUGCUCCUACGGUAGAAUAACGCAAGUCAGCAAUAUAAUAAAGAAAGAGGGAGUGAGCAAAGUAUUGCUCGGUGUUCACGCGAUUUUCGCAAAUGGUGCGAUAAUGUCACGUCUGGGAACAGCUCAAGUAGCUUUAAUGGCAAAGGCCUUCAACAUUCCCGUGUUGGUCGCCUGCGAGACGUACAAAACCUGCGAAAGAGUUCAGACAGACUCGAUAGUUAACAAUGAAAUUGGUGACCCCAAUGAGCUAGCCAUUGGGAGCACUGCAUUAGCUAAUUGGAAGGCGCAUCCAAAUUUGAAUCUUCUCAAUCUCACGUACGAUGUAACACCCCCCGAGCUGAUAACAGCUGUUGUGACUGAGCUCGGAAUUCUUCCCUGCACAAGUGUUCCUGUCAUUCUUCGUAUGAAAUCAUCCGAAAUAUAAGUAACUGAUUUUUCACAGUGAAAAUCCUUCAAUUUAUUGCUGUAAUAUUAUUUACGUUUUUUAUAAUAAAAACCGCAAUUAUACCGUUUUAUAAUGUAUGAUAGAAUCGAUGAAUCUGGAGAUUUCAAUAAAUUUUUAAGGACAGAGCCGUA